AUGCAAUUCUACACCGCUCUAUUGGGAUUGGUAGCUCUGAGCUCCGGCGUCACUGCUUUGAGCAUCACGUCUCCUUCCGGCAGCUCCUACUGGGUCCAAUUCUCCACCAACACCAUUGCCUGGUCCCUCUCCUCGGGAGACCCCACAUCUGUUUCUAUUCAAAUCAUCAACCCUACUAACAAGCAAUUCAACGGUCCAUUCUCGAUCGCCGAAUACGUCCCGGCCGCCAAGAAGUCCUACGACGUUACCAAUGUUCAGUUGAUCAUCGCCGAUGGAUACGAAGUCCAGUUCGUGAACCCGUUGAACAACACCGAAGUGUAUGCGACCUCGGCCCCGUUUUCGGUGAAAACCAGCGGAACCGCCCCUGCUCAGGUGACAUACGCCCCAGGCACCCACGAGUCUUCCAACAGCUCGAACAACUCGAGCUCCAACGCCAACACGUCCUCCAAGAACUCGACCAUGAACGCCGACAUCAACGGCAACAGCUUCAAGAACAGUGGCAAUGCUAACACCAACGCCAAGUCUUCCUCCGUCCGCGCCGCCGCCAUGCCCUCCAUCGUCGCUCUCGCCCUCGGAUCCCUCUGCGCUUUAGUUGCUUGA